AUGCUAAUGGAAAAUUUUCACAUCUAUGAUGCUUCACUUAUCAAUUCAACUGAGUAAUUUGAAAACCUUGAAUUACCCAUCAGAAAGUAGGUAAUACCAAUUGAAAAUUCAAAAAUUAUGUAAGCUUAAAAUAACCAAACGAAUAUUAUAUUUUAAAUGAUAAGGACUUUCAACUAUUCAAAAUGGAUGAAACAAUCCUUAACAAAAUUGACCAAUAUAUAGGGAGGUUAUUAUAAGAAAACCUUUAUAGAAUUAUGA